GCUCUCCUUCCCGAACCGCCAUUUUGAAAAUCUUGUUGAUUUCGGGGAGCCGAGCGCGGGGCGAGUGUCCCCCGGAGAGCAGCCCGCGCGCCUCCCCUUCGGCGCCCGCCUCCGCCUCCAGAGCCCCUUCGUGCCCUUGGCAGACCCGCGGCGGCCGGGACCGGCGGCCGCCAGCAUGUCCUCCCCGGGCCCCGCCGCGGACGGAGAGGGGGCCCCCGGGCAGCCCGCGUCCGAGAGGGAGCCCGACCUGCCCGACGCGAGGGACGAGAGUGAGGAGGAGGAGGAGGACGGCGGCGACGACGAGGAGGAAGAAAAGAGCCUCAUCGUGGAAGGCAAGAGAGAAAAGAAAAAAGUAGAGAGGUUGACUAUGCAAGUCUCUUCCUUACAAAGAGAGCCAUUUACAAUUGCACAAGGAAAGGGGCAGAAACUUUGUGAAAUUGAAAGGAUACAUUUCUUUCUAAGUAAGAAGAAAACGGAUGAACUAAGAAAUCUACAUAAACUGCUUUACAACAGACCAGGCACAGUGUCCUCAUUAAAGAAGAAUGUGGGUCAGUUCAGUGGCUUUCCAUUUGAAAAAGGAAGUGUCCAAUACAAAAAGAAGGAAGAAAUGUUGAAAAAAUUUAGAAAUGCCAUGUUAAAGAGCAUCUGCGAGGUUCUUGAUUUGGAGAGAUCGGGUGUAAAUAGUGAACUAGUGAAGAGGAUUUUGAAUUUCCUAAUGCAUCCAAAGCCUUCUGGCAAACCAUUGCCAAAAUCGAAAAAGUCUUUUAGCAAAGGCAACAAAAAGGAACGGAAUAGUUCUGGAAUGGCCAGGAAAGCUAAGCGAGCCAGAUGUCCCGAGAUCCUGUCAGAUGAGUCUAGCAGUGAUGAAGAUGAGAAGAGAAACAAGGAGGAGUCUUCAGAUGAUGAAGAUAAAGAGAGUGAAGACGAGCAGCCACCAAAAAAGACAUCUAAAAGAGAAAAACCUAAACAGAAAGCUACUUCUAAAAGUAAGAAAUCUGUAAAAAGUGCGAAUGUUAAGAAGGCAGACAGCAGCACCACCAAGAAGAAUCAAAACAGCUCCAAAAAAGAAAGUGAAUCUGAGGAUAGUUCAGAUGAUGAACCUUUAAUUAAGAAAUUGAAGAAACCUCCUACAGAUGAAGAGUUAAAGGAAACAGUAAAGAAAUUAUUGGCCAAUGCUAACUUGGAGGAAGUCACAAUGAAGCAGAUUUGCAAAGAGGUAUAUGAAAAUUACCCUGCUUAUGAUUUAACUGAAAGAAAAGAUUUCAUAAAAACAACUGUUAAAGAGCUGAUUUCUUGAGCUACAGGACCAAGACAGAUGACUUGUUCCCAUGGAUUUAAAGAUCUGAUUUAUACCAUUAUACCAGCAAAGAAAUGUAUUUCCUUUUCUAAAUCUUUGCAAGCAUUGUAUUGGUAGAACUUAGUGCUGACCUUUUUGAUCCUGAGUGUUACGUAAACAUGAGUUUGUUUUUAAAUUGCAUUUCUAUGCAGUUUUUAGUUUAAAAUUUUGCAUGGCAGUUAUCUUGAUUUUAUAGUUGUAUUUUGUACAUUUUGGAUUUCUUUAUAUAAGGUCAUAGGUUCCUGAACUGUUGUAGUUUUUAGCGCACUUAAUGUUAGCCUGUUUCAGACAUAAUUUUAAUCAAGUAGAACAGAAAUUUUUAUAACUGGCAUUUAUACAUGCAGAGACAAUUGCAGUAUUUAGUAUAUGAAAUAUUUUGAAUACACAUCCUUGUCAGUGUAAAAACUCAGAGGCAGUGUGUUCAUCAUAUUAAAAAUAUACAAGCUUCAGCUGUCCAGAUGACUAAAUGGGAAAUUUUCUCCUGCAUGUGUAUAUGUCAGAUUGUCAGCAUGACAAAAGUGACAGAUGUUAUUUUUAUAUUUUUAAAAACAAAUUUGUUGUAUAUAGUUUUUUAUUUCUUUUGUGCAGAGCAAUUUUUAAACUCACACAAGUAGAUACCUUUACAGUUAUAAACUAUGAAAUGUCAGUGUUCAGCCAGAUGGUGUGACAGAGCAGCGAAAGUCAGAAUUCAGUGGGGAAAACAUUGAAGGGACAGAUAGUCUCUGCUUUGCCUUGAAAGUGUCCAUUUACAGUUUUAAUGUUGACUCUGCAGCAGUGUCUGCAGAUAUAUUUUAUAUCAAGGAUAGACCAAAAUCAACACAUCAAAGUUCAAAAAUUUGGAAGAGAGUGAGAUUAAGUACAAGUACAUUGUGGGCUUAUAAUAAAUGAAUUGAUUUUUUAAAACUUUCUGCCCAUGUGAAAUGUUGAUACUUACCUUUAUAAUUGUGAUGAAAUUACCAGGUGAAAUGCCAGAGGUAAUGUGUGGGCAAUAAUGCACAUUUCUGACAGUUUUUCUCAAAAGUGAUAAUAGACUUAUUUUUAACAUUAAAGAAAUUUAAUGUAUUUGUGGAAUUAGGGCUGUUGGGUUUUAAAUUUUGGCCAAUCAGGAUUCUCUGUGAUCAACAUAUGGACCACUCUUGAAUGAAAUUAAUUUUAUCUCUUAAGUGACUGUCUUAAUCAGUUUAUUAAGUAAUCUCUGAGUUUUAAAAUAAAACAUGCUGCUUAUGAGAGAAUUAGGCCUUUGAUAAACCAACUGAGUGUUUAAAAUAAAAAUACUGUGUCCACAGAACAGAAAUACAUAAAAAUGAUUUUUGUUGACUGUUAACAGGUAUUUCAAGCGUCUGACUUGUUUCUUGAUAAAGUUAUAAAGACAUUAGAGGGAUAUACUUAAUACAGAUGAAUGGAAUAAACAACUGAGACCUAAGAAUUGGCCUUUGAUUUUAAAUAUUUAAUUUGUUCCUAUAAACCUCAUCAGUAAAAUGAA